GAGCAAGUAAUGCAAGUUCUGUUGUUCUAAAAGACUGAUGAAAAAAAAGAAACACGAUAGAAUCAAGUAGACCGUAAGGAACGCAGAUUUUGCUUAUCAAAGGAACUCGAAACUAAGCAUUUUCAUGUGCAUGUGUACAUGAGCUCUACAUGAAACUACAAUUCAAUAUCCAAACAAACUCUUUCAUGUUGAUCAGCAUAAUCGAAAACCUAUAUUCGAAGUAUUUUUUUCGCUUUUUAGCGAAAAAUGUCCUACAUGAAAUUCCUUUCUUAAAAGGCCUCGGGUCUUUCAAGGAAGCGAAAUCUAGAAAUUGCUUAGAUACCAAUGUGAAGAGGGCAUGUCGGGGUGCAAAUCUAGCUAAAAAAAUUCUCUCUAAUAAAUUCACCAAUUUGUCUUUAAUUUCGUACACUACAACUGGUCUGAAAAAGUACCUAGAAAGAUCACGUUCCCACGUUGGCAUGUGCCCCCGACUGUCGUCUAUUGAACUCUGAAAACCGCAGGUCGCUAUGACUUUCCAUUCAAAAGUUAUAAGCUUUUCUUCCACCGGCCUUCUUUAAAAAUUCCGAUAGUAGUUCGGAUCAUCUUUAUUAUCCAACAAAAUCAAAUUCAAUGCCACCACCACCACUUCCACCAUCUAUAUAAAGAGUUAAUUCAACAAAUCCAUGUCGAUUUUCAUUUCCAACACCAAAUAUAAAUAGAUAUCAUCAUAGACUUUAUUGAUGUAACCAACAUCAAUAAAUUCAAGAGGACCAACAAAUUCUAGACACAUCAACAAUUGUUUCAUCAUAUCCCAUAUCAACAACAACAACAAUUGAUAAUAAAAUAAAUAAUAAUUUAAUUGGAACAUCACCAUGUGAAAAUAUUGAUUGUCAACGUUUAUUUUAUUCAACAGAUAUAUCAAAUCAAACAUUUUUUUUUUUACAUGAUUUACAAUCACCAAUUAUAGCACGUUAUAUACGUAUAAGAUUAAUUCGACAAUAA